AAACAGGCGUAAAAAUAUUAUUAAGGUGUGACAUAUUUUAAGUGUGACAUAACUAUUUGGGGCCCACAGUUUUAGCUAAAACUGUGGGCCCCAGGCGGAAUAUUCCCUGAAACACUAUCACAAUUACAAGUACAGAUUUAAAUGAAGAAGUACAAAUUUAAAUGGAGAACUGUUUGUUGUAGAUGUUGACAUGCAUUAUUGAUUUUUUACUUAUUUUUCCUUACAGGUGAACUUGGCUCUCUAACCAAUGUUUACAAAGCUAGUCUGGUUUCAAUGAUGGCUGGAUCAGACUUCAUUAAAACAUCAACUGGUAAAGAGUCUGUAAAUGCAACAUUUCCAGUCGCAUUAGUUAUGGUGCGGGCAGUCAGGGAUUUCUAUCAGCAAACAGGUCACAAAGUAGGCUUCAAGCCAGCAGGUGGAAUCCGUAGUGCCAAAGAUGCUUUAACAUGGCUUUCCUUGAUGAAGGAAGAACUUGGAGAUGAUUGGACACAUCCCAACUUGUUUAGAAUUGGUGCCAGUUCUCUGCUUGGAGACAUAGAGAGGCAACUUUUUCACCAUGUUACAGGGAGAUAUGCUGCACAACAUGAAAUGGCAAUGGCUUGAUGACUAUAAGGAGCAAUUGUGUACUGAAAAUACAGCAACCUUUCAACGCAGAAAGAAAAGAGUUACUCCAUCAUUACCAAUUGUUCAAAGUUGAGAAACUUACCUUUUGGAGUGAAAAUGUGAACUUCAUAAUUUAUGGAAAUGGGGAUUGGUGUUUUUACCUGGAGUAGUCAAAUGUGACCUAUUUAAUAAAACGUUUUACUAGUAAUAAAGUGUAAGCUG